GCAGGAAGUUGUGUUCUCUUGGUCUUGUGCUUUGAAACAGCUGUUGGCUGAUCAUGUCAGCACUGCCGCUAGAUGAGCUGCAUGUGACAGAGAAAGACUCAGUUACAGGGCGGGUACGGACACUUCCUGCGCUGCAUCCAGAUCGAGCUGUCAAAAGGCACUUUGUAGUGUAUGUACCUCCACCAGCAUCAUGUGCCCCUGCUGCCAUGGAAGAGUUCUUAGAAAGAGCUGGUUUUAUUACCAAGGACUUGCGCUGGCUCCUUGCACUGCCCCAUGAUCUGUUUUGGUGCCAGGUAAUAUUUGAUGAAUCUGUUCAGAAAUGCCUGGAUUCUUACCUGAGCAGUGCCCCCCGGAAGUACGAUCUUCCCUGCUCUUUACCUCCAGCAGUACAGAAUGUGCAGGAUGAAGUUCACCAGUUAGUCUUUCUAACGAUCCUGCGGAUGUCCACACACAAGGAAUCCAAGGAUCAUCACAUCACCCCGUCUGUCUUUGGGGAGAUUCUGUACAAUAACUACUUGUUUGACGUCCCCAAACUCCUAGAUAUCUGUAUCCUGUUUGGAAAGGGAAACUCAGCCAUGCUCCAGAAGAUGAUAUGUAAUAUUUUCAAGCAUCAGCCUAGUUAUUACCAGGAUCUUGAUGAAAGUGUUCCCACAUUAUUGCAGGUAUUCACCAACAUUCUGGAAAUUUGUGGUCUGAAUCAAGAGGGGGCAACUGCUGAGCCCCAGAAACUAGGUGACAAGAAGCGACUAACUCCUCAAGAUAUGUCAGCACAGGAGCUGUGUGAUGCUGUGUUUUAUCUCUGUGACACUUCCAGCACACUUUGGGCUUUUCUGGAAAUUUUCCCAGAAGCUUCACAAACUCUGCAGACGCACGAUUUCUUAACCAGAUUGUGCACGUUUUAUGAACAGUUCUUCUCAGAGCUAGAGGGCACAGUAAAACAGAGAAGUUUUGAAGAUAAAAGUGUGCAGUCUGAUCUCUGGAGGAGGCUAUCCCACUCCAGGAAGAAGCUCUUGAAGAUUUGUCAUGUGAUCAUCAGUGAGACAUGUCUGCGGCCCAUCUUGGAGCACAGAGCAGAGAAUGUUCAGCCAUUCGUGGAAGAUUUUCUACAGAUUCUAACAUCAUUGCUUCCAGAAAGGAGGUUCCUGUGUGAUUAUGACGAGCUAUUCCCAAUUGCUGAAGAUGUGAAUUUGCUGCAGCAAGUCUCACCCACCCUUGAUGAGACUCGGACUGCGUACCUUAUUCAAGGAGUGCAGAGUGCUUGGACAGACAGUCAAAAACCCAGAUCAGUCUCUGUGUCCCAAACACUAAAAAGCACCAAGGUUGUUGCUGCCAGAGAACAUAGGAGCCCUGACCAAAAGCCUCACCUCAUGGAAGAGCCUGAAUGUAUGGGUGCAUCAGCUGGGCCCUCACCUAGUGGGAUAGAAUUGGAUUCCUUAGUCUCUCAAGUGAAGGAUUUGUUUCCAGAUUUAGGGGAGGGUUUCAUCAUGAACUGCCUUGAAGAAUACCGACACAAUCCUGAAACUGUUAUCAAUAAUUUACUGGAGGAUAAUCUCACUCCUCGUUUGCAAGGAUUGGACCGUACUAUGCCGAGGCCGGAGAGACCAGAUCCCUGUCCUCUUGUCUCCUCAAGAUCCAAUGUCUUUGCAGAUGAUGAGUUUGAUGUUUUCAGCAGAGAUAAUGUGGACACUUCAAGAAUCUGGAAAGGUAGAAACAAACAGAUCACAGCAGCACAAGUCCUGGCAGAUAAGAGUGUUAUCACAUCACAAAGAGGCGGUUACUCCCAAUACAACAUGGUCACAGAAUUAAUCCCAGUGGGAGCAGACUAUGAUGAUGAGUAUGAUGACACCUAUGAUGGAAACCAAGUAGGAGCCAAUGAUGCAGACUCAGAUGAUGAGCUGAUCAGCCGCAGACCCUUCACUAUACCUCAGGUGCUGAGGUCUCGGGAGCGUGAAGAGGAGGAAAUAGAGGAAGACGAGGAAGAAGAAGAAGAAGCUGUCAAGCCGGAUCACUUUGUGCAGGACCCAGCUGUGCUGAGGGAGCGUGCUGAGGCAAGGAGAGCCAAUUACUUUGCACGGAAAGGGUUCAGGCCAGAGCCAUCCAGUGCAGUUGUUGGGGCAAACAAAGGUCAGGGACAGAGCCGGGAAACAACACAAGAACGCAGGAAGAAAGAAGCAUAUAAGGGAUCCAGAGCCAACCACAAUCGUAGAGCUAUGGCCGACAAGAAACGAAACAAAGGCAUGAUACCUUCAUAAAAGAAAAAGUCAACCAUGUAAGCCUGGUUUGACUCAGAGGGAACUUCCUAUUUGUGUUUACAAUAAUAAAUUUUUUGGAGCUUAUCACAUAUACAAUCUCAAGAAAAAAUUAUAUAGUUUUUAUUCAUAUGGAAA